AUGUUCCCCACACGCGCCCUGCUAGGCCGAUCGGUCUGGAAAGGCCCGAACAUCGUCCCUAUCGCUCUCCCGCGCACUCUCCCUCCUCCCCCGAACACCCCCCCAAUCCGCACCACGAAACGCGCAGCAACCAUCCUCCCGAACUUCGUCGGUCUGCGGUUCGCCGUGCACAAUGGCAAGACAUACGUUGAGAUCCAGGUGACAGAGGAGAUGGUCGGUCGCAAACUUGGGGAAUAUGUUGCUACCCGCAAGCGUUUCACAUACAAGCAGUCAAAGAACAAAUAGGCGGUUCGUUCGUUCGGUACUUGGUGCAGAUUCCAUGCCCUCUUUUUUGCAUAUGUGAUGGGUGGACUGUGCUAGCAGAGCUAUGUUGCAUUCUUUUCUUUUUGUUUCGCCAUACCAUGUACAGUAUAUAUCGUUGGUUUACGUGUGGAAUUAGCUACACUUGGGACGGAGUUCACCAGUGGUUUUUUAUAUGGUCACAGUUUGUAGAUAUG